AAGGCAUUAUCUUCUAGGACUAAGAAAAAGAGCCAAUGUGAGUUUGUUAUCCCACUGGAACUCUUUGAAGCAUAUUUUUAUUUUUUUUUUAUGAAAGCAUUUAUUAUAUUCAAAAAGGUAAAUUUAUAUAUUACGCAUGAAAAACAAAGCUCAACUUUGUAGGACAGCUUCUUAGAAUGUAAAGUUAAAAUUACAAUUGAAUAUACAACAUUUCCUAGUGAAGUCUUUUCUCAAGAAAAUUGGAAUGAUUUACCUUAUUUUAUGAAGGCAAGGUUUGAAUUCAUUAGGUUCUUUCUAUUUAGAUAUCCAUUAACCAAGAGCAUCAAAACCAGGUAGUUCCUUUAAUAAAAUCAUAGAAAUGAACACACAAUUAGUAUUAUAGUGAUAUAUCUUACUUAUCUAGGCAAUCUGCUUAUAAAAACUUUUUUCUCUCUGUUUUAAUGGUGGGCGGGGACAAACUGCAGAGAUGGUUGAUGGGCCUUAUUGACCUGCAGGCGGGGCCUGCCGGGCACCGUCUUGUGGGCAGAGUACUGGUUAGGUUGCUAUUUAAUUCACAGCUCUGAAAUAACAGGUUUCCCCGCUUUCUUCUUUAAAAUAAGGCUUGGGUCUCUACCAGUCUCUGGAGGAUGCUAGCAGACUGUUUGAAGGAAUAAGUAAGGAAACGUGAAGGUAUUCACAGAAAGUUGUUACAGCAAAAUGAAGUUACCAUUAUUUUGAUCAAGGAAGGUUACAUACAUCUGGUGAUUCUCCAAAGCAUUGCAUAUAGAUUCAAUUCCCAAGUAUCUUAUUAAGUGAUUUCUUUCUCUGAUAAACAUUUUAUGGAUAAACACUCAGUGCCAAAAGCCACGCACUCUUCUAUUGCGCUAGAAAUACUGCAGUGAGCCCGGAUGCGGGGCUCGAACUCACAGACCGCGAGAUCAUGACCUGAGCUGAAGUGGAAUGCUCAACUGACUGAGCCACCCAGGCACCCCUCUUUUUAUUAUUUUUAAAUGUUUAUUUAUUUUGAGACAGAGACAGAGCACGAGCAGGAGAGGAGGACACGGAGGGAGAGAGAGAAUCUCAAGCAGGCCCCGUGAUGUCAGCACAGAACCCUAUGUGGGGCCGGAACUCACUAAACAUGAGAUCAUGACCUGAGCCGAAAUCAAGAGUCGACACUUAACCAUUGGAGCCACCCAGUGCAUGUCUGCCAGCAUUUACAUUCCUGAAAUAAUUUAUGUGGGGAUGGAAGAAAAACAGAAAAGAAAACAACUUCCUCAAACUACUCUACAAGGAGAACAUUUGGAAGAUCAUGUAGGGAAGCACUGGAACCAUUUUAUCAGAGUGACAGGUCGAUGGAAUAGUGAUGCAGUGGUAAAAUUAAAGGUUAUGACAACUGAAAUAAUUUGUAUGAAGAUAAAACGUGGUUUUGUUCACAAACAGGAAUUCGCCGUGAACUUUUAAGUCUCCACUUGAUCUUAGCCAAAAGGCCAAGAAGUGAUAACACUUUUCAGUCUCAAUAUAGGUUUGGCAAAUUGAUUUUCCCCCCAGCAACAUAAUACUCAGAGAUCCCGAAAGAAUGGCUCUAUAUUGGCAGAAUUUUGGAGUCAUUGCAAGCUUCUUGGGGGUGUGGAGAUUCAGCCACGCUUCCAUGAGACUACUGGUGACACUCCAUCUGUCAGAUCUCAAAUUGACAGAAGUGAUAAGGACAGAGAAAGAGCAUGAGCAGGGGAGAGGCAGACAAAGAAUCGGAAGCAGGCUCAAGUCUCUGAGCUGUCAGCACAGAGCCCGACGCGGGGCUCAAACUCGUCAACUGCGAGAUCAUGACCUGAGCCGAAGUCGGCCACUCAACCGACUGAGCCACCCAGGCGCCCCAGUGUUUAUCUAUUUUUGAAGGAGAGAGAGACAGAAACACAGAAUCUGAAGCUGGCUCCAGGUUCUGUGCUGCCGGCACACAGCCCAAUGUGGGGCUCCAACUCACAAACCGGGAGGUCAUGACCUGAGCUGAAGUUGGAUGCCCAACCGACUGAGCCACCCAGGCAACGCUGAAAUGUACAGAUGUUAAAUGUUUAGUUCAAUGAGUCUACGAAUACAUACUCGCAUCCAAAUCAAGACACAGAACACUUCCAUCACCUUACAAAGAUCUCUGGUGCCUCUUGCAGUCAGUCCUUACACCUAGAGGCAACCACUACUCUGAUUUCUAUCAACACAGAUAAUUUUGCCUAUUCCAGAACUUCACAUAAAUGGAAGCAUACAAUAUGUACUCUUUAGUGGCUUUCAUUCAACAUACUAUGUCUGAGAUUAAACUAUGUUAUUGCUGUAUUGAAUGUUCACUCCUUUUUGUUGCUUAGAAGUAUGCCCAAAUCAUACUUGUUCAUUCAUUCACCUUUUGAUGGAUGAUUGGGCUGUUCUUAGUGUUUUGGUUAUUUGGACAUUUUUAUACAAGUCUUUCUAGGCUUCAAGGGAACUUUAUAGCAUUAAAUGCUGAAAUUAGAAAAGAUGAGCUCAGUUUUGAAUAAUUAAGUCAGAGGUACUUGCGGGACAUUCAGGUAAUGAGGUCCAGGACCAGUGGGAGUAGUCAACAGUAAAGGAGAGAGAGGUGGGUUAGCAAUUUAGAUUGUUGUAGUCGCUAGUCAUUUUGUGGAGUUAAAGCCAUUGGAAAGUCCUCAGGUAGCCCUUAAAAUGUGAGACAAGGCCCAUGAAUUAAAUCCUGGAAAGCAUCGAUACCUAUUUGUAAAGAGGAACCCUCUAAGGAGGCUGAGCAAAACACGACCAUUUAUCUUCAUGUCUCCAUCAGCCGGCACAGGACCCGUCUCAGUCUGCUAAAUAUAACAGAAAAUGUGCAGAGCACACGCUUAUAUAGACCCUAUGAGGAGACAGAUGGGUAGGAGAAAUGGCAUGAAGAGUCGCAAAGGACAGAAUGAGUGUGGUAGAUUGAAAAGGGGGAGUGGUACGGGGUAAGCACGACCGGCUCCACCUUUGUUUAGACGGGGCUGGGAGACGGAAUCAUUAGAGUCGAAUAAUUAGGUAGGGUCAGACUACGCAGGUCCUGAAAUGGAUGUCAGAUGGAAGAAUUUAGACUCCACAGGCCGGCCCCCUUGAGAAGAGCUGGGUUCUGGAGCAGGGCGUGAGAAUAUGAGAUCUGCUUUUGGGAAGUGACUGUGGCGGCGGCGCAGUGGUGGUGGUGGCGGAGAUGCUGCUACUACUGCUGGUGACAGGGCUGAGUGGUAAUCGGUAGGGCUUUCCACUGGACUUUGGCUUGGUAGCUGCUGCUGACUCCCUGGCCAAGUGCUGUAACUUUGCCUCUGAGCCUUGGUAGCAGAGGACGGAGGUCGUGGCAUCUGGCCGCAGCUGGGAGGCAGUGCGUGCGCGCGCGGGGCCGGGGUGUCCGGCCGGGAACCCUCAGGCGAAAUUACAGCCAGGCGGGGCGCGGAGGGGGCGGCCGAGACAGGCCACGCCCCCUCUCGCCCGCGCAGGCGCGCUGCGGGCCGUUAGCUGUCAGGAGCCGAGCGGCUGGCGGGCGGCGGGAUCCGACGUCUGCGCUGGAAGCGGCUGACAGAACCCAGCGCGGCAGGGGCGGCUAGGGCGGCGCGGCCCCCCGGCUCCCCCCGCCAAGUCGCAGAGGAGAGCAGGGACCAACGGGCGGCCGGCGGCGCUGGCAGGAUGGGGAACCGGGAGAUGGAGGAGCUGAUCCCGCUGGUGAACCGUCUGCAGGACGCCUUCUCGGCGCUGGGACAGAGCUGCCUGCUGGAGCUGCCGCAGAUCGCCGUGGUGGGCGGCCAGAGCGCCGGCAAGAGCUCGGUGCUCGAGAACUUCGUGGGCAGGGACUUUCUCCCUCGAGGGUCGGGCAUUGUAACCAGACGGCCUCUUGUGCUGCAGCUUGUUACUUCCAAAGCAGAGUAUGCUGAAUUUCUACAUUGCAAAGGAAAAAAAUUUACAGAUUUUGAUGAAGUUCGCCAUGAGAUUGAAGCAGAAACAGAUCGAGUGACUGGAAUGAAUAAAGGCAUUUCCUCCAUACCCAUUAAUUUACGAGUCUAUUCUCCACAUGUGUUAAAUCUCACACUUAUCGACCUACCUGGAAUUACUAAAGUGCCCGUGGGAGAUCAGCCACCAGAUAUUGAGUAUCAGAUCAGAGAAAUGAUUAUGCAGUUCAUCACGCGGGAGAACUGUCUCAUUUUGGCUGUUACUCCAGCCAACACCGAUCUUGCAAACUCAGAUGCAUUGAAGCUAGCUAAAGAAGUUGAUCCUCAAGGUUUAAGAACCAUUGGAGUCAUCACCAAAUUGGAUCUUAUGGAUGAAGGAACAGAUGCCAGGGAUGUUCUGGAGAACAAGCUUCUGCCUCUUCGCAGGGGUUACGUAGGGGUGGUAAACAGAAGCCAGAAGGACAUAGAUGGGAAGAAGGACAUUAAGGCUGCCAUGUUGGCGGAAAGGAAAUUUUUCCUCUCACACCCAGCUUACAGACAUAUUGCUGAUAGGAUGGGGACCCCACACCUGCAGAAGGUCCUUAAUCAGCAACUUACCAACCACAUUCGAGAUACCCUGCCGAACUUCAGGAACAAACUACAGGGACAGUUGCUCUCCAUUGAACAUGAAGUGGAAGCCCAUAAAAACUUCAAGCCCGAAGACCCCACCAGGAAGACCAAAGCGUUGUUGCAGAUGGUUCAGCAAUUUGCUGUGGACUUCGAGAAGAGAAUUGAAGGGUCAGGGGAUCAAGUAGAUACGCUGGAGCUCUCAGGAGGGGCUAAAAUUAACCGUAUUUUCCAUGAACGCUUUCCUUUUGAGAUAGUAAAGAUGGAGUUCAAUGAGAAAGAAUUACGAAGAGAAAUAAGCUAUGCAAUCAAAAACAUACAUGGUAUCAGGACGGGGUUAUUUACUCCAGACAUGGCAUUUGAAGCAAUAGUCAAAAAACAAAUUGUAAAGCUUAAAGGACCAUCUUUGAAGAGUGUAGAUCUGGUAAUACAAGAAUUAAUCAAUACCGUCAAGAAGUGUACCAAAAAACUGGCAAACUUCCCCAGACUCUGCGAGGAAACAGAAAGGAUUGUUGCCAACCAUAUUCGCGAGCGAGAAGGGAAGACAAAGGACCAGGUACUGCUACUGAUUGACAUCCAAGUCUCUUACAUCAACACCAACCACGAAGAUUUCAUUGGAUUUGCAAAUGCUCAGCAGAGGAGCAGUCAGGUUCACAAGAAAAACACAAUUGGAAAUCAGGGAACCAAUCUUCCGCCUUCAAGGCAAAUUGUGAUUCGUAAGGGAUGGUUAACCAUCAGCAACAUUGGCAUCAUGAAAGGAGGCUCUAAGGGAUACUGGUUCGUCCUUACUGCUGAAAGCUUGUCCUGGUACAAAGAUGACGAGGAAAAAGAAAAGAAGUAUAUGCUUCCCUUGGACAACCUGAAAGUUCGGGAUGUGGAAAAAAGCUUUAUGUCUAGCAAGCACAUCUUUGCACUUUUUAAUACAGAACAAAGGAAUGUAUACAAAGACUAUCGCUUCCUUGAGCUGGCAUGUGACUCACAGGAGGAUGUGGACAGCUGGAAGGCAUCUCUACUAAGAGCUGGGGUUUAUCCUGAUAAAUCUUUAACUGAAAAUGAUGAUAAUGGCCAGGCAGAAAACUUUUCCAUGGACCCACAGUUGGAGAGGCAAGUGGAGACCAUUCGCAACCUCGUAGACUCCUACAUGUCUAUCAUCAACAAAUGUAUCCGAGAUCUAAUUCCAAAAACAAUAAUGCACCUUAUGAUCAACAAUGUUAAAGAUUUCAUCAAUUCGGAGCUCCUAGCACAGUUAUAUUCUUCGGAGGACCAGAACACUCUGAUGGAGGAAUCUGCUGAACAGGCGCAGCGCCGGGAUGAGAUGCUUCGAAUGUACCAAGCCCUUAAAGAGGCCCUCGUGAUCAUUGGUGACAUCAACACCGCCACCACUUUCACCCCUGCACCGCCUCCUGUGGAUGACUCCUGGAUACAGCACUCCCGCAGGUCACCCCCUCCGAGCCCCACCACCCAGAGGCGGCUGACCCUGAGCGGUCCCCUCACGCGGCCCGCAUCCGGCAGAGGGCCCGCGCCGGCCAUUCCCUCUCCCGGACCCCACUCGGGGGCGCCCCCCGUGCCCUUCCGGCCCGGCCCGCUGCCCCCCUUCCCCAGCAGCAGCAGCGACUGGUCCGGAGCGCCCCCGCAAGUGCCCUCCCGGCCCACCAGGGCCCCGCCCAGUGUCCCCAGCCGGAGACCACCCCCAUCACCAACUCGUCCCACUAUAAUCCGUCCACUAGAAUCCUCCCUGUUAGACUAAACGAAGUGUCUGGCAUGGCAAUUAAUUACUAAUGAAUUAUGCGAAAGCAACAUAUUUGAUCAGUAAAUCAUGAGUAGUCGCAUGUGUGGACAUCAGUAGGCAAGUAACCAGUUUUACUAAUGCAUUAUUGCUCAUCUUCUUUGCUCAUGGUGUAUCAGACCUUUGGAGUUUGACUCUUGAAAACUGCUAACCUUUCGAGGCUUUAUAUGUCGUAUAUUGACCAAGGGUAGGUUUGUAUAGCAGCCCAGUAGUGGGAGACCAUUUGCCUACCCUGGCAUAUAUUGAAAUUGCUUUGGACAAGUUCCCAGGUUAUCCACCAGGUAGCCCAUUAAGUAUAAUUCUUAAGAGCUAUGAGAUGGUGGGCUUAGACCUAAGCCAUACAUACUUAUUUUCCCACAUUCUGUUUGGCUGACAAAAAUUAUGUUGUCUAUUAUUAAUGUUUCCUCCUACUCUAUAAUUACCCAUUAUAGAUCUAUCCUCUUUCCUUUUGCUUUAUUUCAUAGGACUGCUAGGAAGUGUUUUGUUUUUUUUUUUAAUUAGGACUCCUUAAGAAUAAAACUUUUCCAGAAGCACAAGGUAGUUUGCAAAGGAAAAGUUAAUGCAUUGCUUGCUCUAGAGAGCUUUUCCUCAUACCACUGUGUUUUGCUUCAUGCUAGAAGCAUAUUCAACAGUGAAUCAAAGCUUAAUUUUUUGGUAGUCAGUGAGUAGAUUUGGCUAGUUUCAGAGUUCAAGGAAGAAGCAAAAUUUCACAUCUCUAGAAGUGUCUGGAAAUAUGUAAUUUCUUCAUUCACAAAUAUAUUCACCUCUUUAUAGAUUACAGUGAAGGUUGACAUGGAAAAUAUUUAAUUUUUGUACUGAUCUCAUUUUAGGCAUGGCUAACUACACUUUGACACUAACUCCGGUUUGUUUAUUUAUUUACUUGGUUGGAGCAAAAAUUUCUCUUUCCAUACUAAUUUGUAAUUCCCCCGUGUAAGAAUUUAUCCUACUUUUAAAACCUGUUUAAUGUAACUUCCUAUCCAUUCUAGGCUUUCUCAAUAGAUCUUGAGAUAUGGUUAUCUGGGAUAACCAUUUUUAAAGGGAGCCCUAGAAUGAAAAUAGAAGUCAUUUAGUAAGAGAUGCCAUGGUUUAAGAGCAGAGCUCACACUUUCACAGUUGUACAACUUCAGAGUCUCUAUACCAGUCAUUCUAAAAAAAAAUUUUUUAAUGGUAUUAAGACAUUGAAAUCUAAAGCAACUUGGCAAAUGCUAAUAACAUUUCUAAAAUUUACAAAAUCAGUUUAGCUUGGGGGUUAAUAGUUCAGUCUUGAGGCUGAGUUUUGGACCAUGUAGGACCAGAUGAUUAGCAUGUAGGAAACAGCCAGAAGCCAAGUGGAAUUCUGUCUGCUAACUGUUCCCAGACAGCAGAGCAAGUACUCACUGAAUAGUGGCGUCCCAUGACACUAUUUCAUAUUCUACAGAAGUAAAUCAGAUUUCACCAACUGAAAUGUCUCCCUUUGAAAGCAGCAAACAUGAUUUGUAUGUUAACUUAACUUUAAUUUCCUGUGUAGUUUAUACCCAAAGCAGACACCCAUAAACUAUGAAGUAAAAACUUUCAACCAUUAUUAAAAAGAGAACUUGCCAAGUUGAAUGGCAUUGUUCUGAGGUUAUUCUAAAGGGUUACAGCUAGCCCACUUACAAUAGGGAAAAAUCAGAGAAUACAAGAUUGACAAAAAGAACAUCUCAACUUUUAAGUUACAAGUGAUUGUAUAA